AGGCUUUUUUUGCGGGAGAAGAGGGGGGGAUCCCUUCCGAGGCGCCCCCCCAAACCGGCCCUGCUUGGCCAGGAAACCUCGAAGGGGAGGGACCGAUCCGGCGCGACGAGGAGGCGGAGACGGGGCUGGCGCUGAACGAGGAAGCGCGGCGGGCGCUGGGGCGGAGAAAGAGCGCAAAAAGUUGGUAAAAGUUUGUGGGGAAGGAAGGACACGGGAAACUCCCGACGGGGCGGCGGGGACGAGGAUUUAGGGGGGUCUGGAGGAGCAUCCAGGAGCGUCCCCUUCCCCAGAGGAGGAAAGAGGGCUCAAAAAGAGGACACCCCCCACCCCGUCGAGGACACUCAAUAGCUGGUGGCCAGGAUGAAGCAGCCCCGAUCCUUCUCCUAAAAAAGGGCUCCUGACUCCCCCCAUGGAAGGGGGCGUAGACACUCAGGGCUAGCCCCCUGACCUCCCCGGACCCACGGCCCUCGGGACCCCCUCUGAUGGUCCCCAUCCGGCUGGACCCGAACUCAUCUCCCGAGGAGGAACAUGUCGCCGGUGACCUAGAGACCCCCGGACCCAUGAAGUCCCCGAGAUGCCAUGGAGCCACUGAAAAAUAUGUUCCGGAAGGCCCCGCUGGCGGGGGCUUGGGGGCCCAUCUCCCGAGGAGGGGCACCCACCGCCACUGCCUACGCCAACCCGGUCUGGACGGCGUUGUUUGACUACGAGGCCAACAGCAGCGACGAACUGACCCUCCGCAAAGGGGACCUGGUGGAGGUGCUGUCCUGGGACGCGGCCAUCUCCGGGGACGAAGGGUGGUGGGCCGGCAAGGUCAACGACCAGGUGGGCAUCUUCCCCUCCAAUUACGUCUCGCCCAAGGCGGGGGGCUUCCCGGGGCCCGAGGGCCCGCCUGAGGCCGACUUCCGGGACCUGCGGCUGGAGGAGGUGAUCGGGGUCGGGGGCUUCGGCAAAGUCUACCGGGGCAGCUGGCGGGGGCAGCUGGUGGCCGUCAAGGCCGCCCGCCAGGACCCGGACGAGGACAUCGGCACCACCGCCGAGCGGGUGCGCCAGGAGGCCCGGCUCUUCGCCAUGCUGCGCCACCCGAACAUCAUCACCCUCAAAGCCGUCUGCCUCCAGGAGCCCAAUCUGUGCUUGGUGAUGGAAUACGCGGCCGGGGGGCCCCUGAGCCGGAUGCUGGCCGGACGCAGGAUCCCGCCCCACAUCCUCAUCAACUGGGCCGUGCAGGUGGCCGACGGUAUGCAGUACCUCCACUGUGGGGCCAUCGUCCCCGUCAUCCACCGGGACCUGAAAUCCAACAACAUCCUGCUCGCUGAGUGCGUGGAUGAUGGGGACGUGAGUGGCAAGACGCUGAAGAUCACCGACUUUGGGCUGGCCCGGGAGUGGCACAAGACGACCAAAAUGAGCGCGGCGGGCACCUACGCCUGGAUGGCCCCCGAGGUCAUCAAGACGUCCACCUUCUCCCGAGGCAGCGACGUCUGGAGUUAUGGGGUCCUUCUGUGGGAGCUUCUCACGGGCGAAGUCCCAUACCGGGGUAUCGACGGUCUCGCCGUUGCCUACGGGGUCGCCGUGAACAAGCUGACGCUUCCUAUCCCGUCCACCUGCCCCGAACCUUUUGCACACCUCAUGGCAGCCUGCUGGGAACAAGACCCCCAUCGGCGCCCCAGCUUCGCCUCCAUCCUGUCCCAGCUGACGGUGCUGGAAGCUCAGGUCCUCCGCGACCUGCCCCAGGCCUCCUUCCACUCCAUGCAGGAUGAUUGGAAAGUCGAGAUCCAAGACAUGUUUGACGAGCUGCGGGCGAAGGAGAAGGAACUGCUGAGCCGCGAGGAGGAGCUCAAGCAAGCAGCCCAGAAGCAGAAAUCUCAGGAGGAGUUUCUGCGCCAGCGCGAGCACGAACUGGCCCAGUGGGAGCUGGAAGUCUUCGAGCGCGAGCUGAGCCUCCUCAUCCAGCAGAUGAACCGCGAGGGGCCUCACGUGAAAAAGCGGAAAGGGACCUUCAAGAGGAACAAGCUGAAAGGGAGGGACGGCGAGAGGAUCAGCAUGCCCCUCGACUUCAAGCAUCGCAUCACAGUCCAGGCGUCCCCUGGGCUGGACAAACGGAAGGACUUCUUCGAGGUGGGGGCUGGGGGUUCCCCCACCUUCCCCCGUUUCCGAGCCAUCCAGUUGGAGGCGAGCGAAAAUGAUAAGAACUGGGGCCGCCAGUCGCCGCGAAGAGGAGACGAAAGUGGGAACGGCCGCACGAAGGCCACGGGGUCCCCAAAACCUUGGGAGAUCAAUAUGCAGAACGGAAGGCGGAGGUCGCGGCUGGAAGAAACCACAUGGUACAUGGAGCCAGAGGGACUGCCCGCCUCCGCACAGACCGACCCUCAACCCAGCCCGAACGGCAAUAUUCCCCUCGACACUCCGGACCCCGAGGAGCCAGCUCCGGAACGCCCCAGCGCCCCUCGCCUCAUCCGGCGGGCCCUGUUGCACGGUAGCGCGCUGCUCGCCUCCUUCGGCCUGGGCCGGGAAUUGCCGACCGCCCCUCAGGACCCCCCAAAGGCCGCCCCUGCCCUGCAUGUGGAGUUGUGCAAAGAGGAACCCCCAACGGAUCUUCUGGUCGACGUCGCCUCGGAGGGCGACCGGGGGGCCCUUCCUCCUCUCUGGGCCCAGAUGUCCCCCAAGAUCCCGAGACUCGCGGAAGGCCGGGGCAGCAAAGCCCAGAAAUGGGAUGGUGCUCUCCCCUCGCCUUCCUCGCCACGUAGCCCCCGUUCCCCCCGCCCUCACUCCCCUCACGCCGGCCUCAUCUCCCGGCCCCGGCCCUCCCCUGUCCGCAGCCGGAUCGACCCCUGGCGUUUCGUCUCAUCCGAUGCCCUGUAA